AUGCCUUCACAAGACGCCGGCUCCAAUUCCGCCGCCCCUGGCCCGCCGUCGGGCUCAUCAGACCGUCAGGACCAAGAAACCCGCGAAGCUCAGGAAGCCCAGAGGGCCGAGGCCACAGGUCGUGCCCCCAGGACAGAGCAGGAACUGGCCCAGGCCUUCAAGGAUCUCGCCCGCGCAUUGGCCUCUACCUCCAUCAACCAUGCAUCGAUGUUCUCGAUGCUGUGUCCAGCGCCCAAUGUUUUCUUCAAGAGUCUCGACCGCGAUGGCGGUGUCCCCGCGGGCUUGUGCAGACUACUGCCGCAUUGCUGGGUCUGGAACAUGUCUUCUCAUGCAUAUUCCGCAGGUGAAAAUGCAGCAACAGCGCUCGAAAAGAAUCUGACCAACUUGGAGAGCAAAAUUGAUGAGCUCCUUGCCUCCUUCGAGCGUUCGGGCGCUGCAUUACCCACAGCGGGUGGCUCGAAUCUUUCAGGUGGCACAGGUGAGUCAGACGAGGGUGGCGGUAGCCAGAAUGCAGCGAGCAAAUGA